AUGAAGCGAAUUUUAAUCGCAAUAGUGAUGUUUUGCCUUGUGCAAUUCAGUGGCAGUUUGAAUGCCGAAGGGCAAGUUGUGAGACAUACCAGAGCAGCUUUGAUGCCCUUGCGAUCUCUCGAGGCAUCGCGCAAAGACAAUAAACGUUAUGGUAGGGUGCUACCUGACCCUAUAUCAGCAUCUUUUGAUAAAUACUUCCUUGGACAAAGUCGCUUGAAACGAGCUGCUGGCACCGAUGGAAAUCACACAAUCAACCUAAGCGCACACAACAUCAGUGAUAUUACUUUAAGUGACUUCCUGAAGGAAAUUACGAACCCGACGCUCGUUACGAGUCUCAAUCUCGCCUCAAACACUCUGCGACAGCUCAAUGUGAGUGCCGUUAUCGCUCUCACAAUGCCACAUUUGAGUGCAUUAGAUGUGUCACAAAAUCAAUUAUCCGCAAUUGAUGCAGCGGCGGAUUUAUCGAAGCUGACCACGUUGAAUGUGUCACACAAUAGCUUGUACAAAUUUGCGACAACGGGACAGCUCAACCGCACGUCGUCCAUCGAAAUACUGGAUUUAUCCUGCAAUAAAUUCAAUGCGUCACGUAACAUUGCGCUCUACAAUUUAAAUAAUUUGCAGCAGCUCGACCUAUCGUGCAACGCACUGACAACAAUUGAUCGAAAUUUAUUUUUUAAUUUGUCGCAAUUGCACACGUUAGAUGUGUCAUGUAAUCGAGUAAGUGAGUUGCGAACGAACACAUUUGUCUAUCUCACGCAGCUACGUGUACUCAAGUUGUCCCGUAAUAACAUAUCGUUUAUCGAGAAUGAAACGUUUAGCGCGCUGCCAAAUUUGGAGUAUUUGGAUGUGUCAGAUAACGUUUUGCAUGCCGAUUCGGUGCAUGCACUGCAAGGGAUACCGGAUUUGGUGGCAUUAUCACUUGCGAAUAAUGAGGAGUUGAGUGAGUCGUUGCAGGGGUUCGUAGCGACAUGGAGUCUGAAAGAGAUUGACGGAAGUGGGACGGGAUUGUGUCAUAUACCGGCAGCGUUGACGCAGAGUGUGAGGAUAUUGAAGUUGGUUGAUAACUUUUUGCAGGUUAUCCGUUGCGGCGAUCUCGACAGCUAUCCCCUUCUCCAACACCUCAUCUUAUCGUCAAACCAAAUCACCGAUAUCGAAGAUGAUGCCUUGGGUCGCUUAGAAAUCAUUGAAACUCUCUACCUAAACGACAACAAGCUCAAACGAAUCCCCGUCAGUCUUCCUUCCUCCCUCAUCGACUUGCAUCUCGAGAACAAUCUUAUCACUGAAAUCCAACCGCAAGUUCUCACAGGUCUCAAAACCCUGGCAUUACUCAACUUAUCUGGCAACAAAAUCAUCUACUUACCUGGCUUACCCUUGCCUCGCUUAAGUCGCCUCAAUAUGCGAUCCUGCGAACUUGAAAGUGUCAAUCAAGAACUCGUCAAAAUGUCGCCAUACCUUCGCGAUUUGUACUUGGAAGGAAAUCCCAUCCGGUGUGCCGACUUGUUGGGCAUUGCUGAAUGGGCGACGCCAUGUCGCGAAAGUACUGAAACUGAAAUCGCUACGACGACAGCUGAUGACUUUUUCAUUCACAAAUGGCAUUCCCAUGCAUCGUGUGGGCUUCAAGCACCAAAGAAGAAAAUUACGAAAGUUUGUAAGGAAAUCGUAUUGGCGAAAAAUACUAAAAAUAAUAAAGCAGCCAAGAAAAUUAAUGGCAAUAAUUAUUUUGCUGGCAACGAGCAACGAAUUGCGGCUGAUAAUAAAUUGAUGGCAGCACGUCAAUCUUCAUUAAGCCCAGAACAGGCGAAAAAUCGAGCGGCAGAUAAAAAUGUCAAUGACAAAUUUGAGAACAUUGAUAAAAUCGACAACAAUGUAAACGACCAGACCCUAAAUGGCGACGAUGGUAAGCAAACAGAAACGAAAACAAACAUCAGCAGCUCGUUCGAGAAAUCGUCAAGUAACGUAAUAAAAACAACAACGACCGAACAAACAAAGGAAGACAAUCAAAUUGUUGCCAAGAAAUUAAUCUCCGAUACGAGUACGUUAAGUCCCGGCAAUAAUCAUAACACGGAUAAGGAUCUCGCAAAUGAGAGAAGGGUUCAAACGAACGACGUUAAUCAGCCAAUUAAACAAAGUAAACAGAAAAAAGUUACAAAGCACUGGAACAAGUUGUCUGACCGUGUAAUUAACAUGUCGUCGUCGUUUUCUUCAAAAGCAGCUACAUCUAAGGAACGACUGACGAAAAACAAGACAAAAGUAAUGGCAAUAACAAAUGAUGAUGAUUAUUUGAAUGACGACAAUAAAGCAGUUGUUGACAAUUUUGUCACAGUUACGAGCCAAAUAACGGAUGAAAAGACGGAAAAAACACUCGAAGCUAAACAAUUAUCGCUCCAUUUCAAUUUUACAAAAAUCCACAAGGCUUCGUCGUCGCUUUCGCCACCGAGCACAAUAACAACAACCGCAAAGCCUUAUACGGAACGACACAAUAAAAUAAAUCUGGAUAAACAUGUCCAAUUGAAUAGAAAAGUAAAUGUCUUGCAGCAAAAUAGUCAACUUGUGACAAAUUACGUUCAGAGUGAAGACGAGAAACCGCAACAACUUACCCACAAUUCAGAUCCAAACGACGAACAGAAUGCAUCUCCGAUGCCGCCUCAAAAGCAAGAAUGGUCCCCCUACUCUCCUUCCUCCUCAUCAUCACAGGAGCACUUCCGCAAAUAUCUCGGACAUCCCGGCUUAUUCAUGGUAAUUGGGGCAACGAUUGGCAUGGCCGCUGCUUUCGGCUUCGUGCAUUUGUAUCGUUGCCAAAAAAUGCGAUACUGGCAACACACGCAAGUCGAAGCGAAUUGCGACAAUGUCAGCGAUAUCAGUACAAUUAAUACGCCAACGCACAGUUGUCAUCAUCGACAGCAUCGAUACGAUGACCUACUUCCCAUGGAUGUACUGAAUCACAAAAGUCAUGUCGCAACGACAACGACAAGUUUGAUGGCAGCAACAAGUCUCACGGAACGACCGACACCCAAUUCGCCCAUCGAAUUGUGGUGACAAAAACUGUACACGCCACCUUAUGAUAUUUUUGAGUAAACGUGAUUCCAAAUGAACAAAAAAAAAAAUGAAGAUUUAAAGAGACUUUAAAACAAAAUAUUUAUUAACUAAUAUUUUU